AUGGAUUUUAAUCGGAUUGUUGACAAGCUGGAGUCGACUGAUUGGUCAUUGAUAAUGAAUAUGGAAGAUGCUAACGAGGCAGCUGAUAAUUUUUACACAAUCUUAGAAACGGCAAUAAACGAAAACACAAGUUAUGUGGUGCCCAAACGGUCAGAUCGAGUUAUAAAGCCAUGGAUAACUCCAGGCUUAAUGAGAUGCCAAAAACACCGUGACAAUCUGCAUCUCGAAGCCAGGAGAAACCCUUAUAACACAUUUAUCCAAAUCACUUAUAAACGAUACAGAAACUUCCUUUACGCGCUACAACGAAAAUUAAAGACCGAAUACGAGAAUAAUCAAAUUCAGCAAAAUAAAGAUAACCCAAAAAAGUUGUGGAAAUCGCUCAAAAAUAUAUGUAAUCUCACACGUAACACUACCGAGGCUACUGAAUUGUUGUCCGUAGACAAAGACCCUGAUUCUUCUUUAAACGCUUGUAACGAGUACUUCACUAGAGUUGGCAGAGAACUGGCAGAUGACACGCUCAGAAGAUUAAACACCCAAGAAGACCUGUUAGCUGCAGAAUACAAACCAAGAGUGCUUUGCAAGGACUCCCUCUUUCUGCAGCCAACGGAUCCUUAUGAAGUUGGUACGCUUAUUGACCAGCUAAAAAACGAUACUGCACCGGGGGGCUUACCUGAUACGGACCGCAUCCACUACUACGUCGCCUUGGCGCCGGUAGCCGGUUGUCUCGUCAGAAUGCUGGACCCUGGACUCCCUGCUGAUCAUUUGAAAAAAGCGACCAAAGCGGUUGUGUACGAGCCUUUAUUUCGCAUCGACGGUCUUGAGUUCAUGUUGGGAAGAUCUAAAGACAAGCAAUUCUCAUUUUAUGACUAUCCUGACGAUGUUACAUCAGACGAACUGAAGGCUUUCGAGGCUGUUGUGAAUCGUUUACGGGUGGCACGCGAGGCCGUGGUAAAAGUCAAUUCACCCGGCUCUAGCGGGACGCAAUCUGAGCUGCUCUGCACUAUCUGCUAUGCAAGACCUGCGGACACUGCGUUUGUGCCUUGUGGACAUCACUCUUGUCGGCCGUGUAUAAUGCAGCAUCUUCUGAACAGUAAGCAAUGUUUCUUCUGCAAGGCUGACAUCGAAUCGGUACGCGAAAUAGAACCUGCGAAUAAUUGA